GCUACGCUCCAGUCACUGGAAUGUGUCAUCCUGUUCGAAGCUGCACUCUCAACCAUGAAGAUGGUUUUUCAUCUGCAUUUGUGGUGGCUCAUGAAACUGGACAUGUUUUAGGCAUGGAGCACGACGGCCAAGGGAACAGAUGUGGGGAUGAAGUCCGCCUGGGGAGCAUCAUGGCCCCCCUCGUGCAAGCCGCGUUUCAUCGCUUCCACUGGUCUCGUUGCAGCCAGCAAGAGCUGAAUCGAUAUCUCCAUUCCUAUGAUUGUCUGCGUGAUGAUCCCUUCGAACAUGACUGGCCUUCCCUUCCACAGCUGCCAGGAAUUCACUACUCCAUGAAUGAGCAGUGCCGUUUUGAUUUUGGUUUGGGCUACAUGAUGUGCACAGCUUUCCGUACGUUUGAUCCCUGCAAGCAGCUGUGGUGUAGCCACCCCGAGAACCCCUACUUCUGCAAAACAAAGAAAGGGCCUCCGCUGGACGGGACCAUGUGUGCACCAGGAAAGCAUUGCUUUAAAGGUCACUGCAUCUGGCUCACACCAGACAUCCUGAAGCAGGAUGGACACUGGGGGGCAUGGAGUAAGUUUGGCUCUUGUUCUCGCACCUGUGGCACCGGGGUGAAGUACAGGACGCGGCAGUGUGACAAUCCGCAUCCCACCAACGGAGGCCGCACAUGCGUGGGGCCGAGCUACGAGUUCCAGCUGUGCAACAGCCAGGACUGUCCUAAGGACUUGGAAGAUUUCAGAGAGGAGCAGUGCCGGCAGUGGGAUCCUUACUUUGAGUACCAGAACACAAAACACCACUGGCUCCCCUAUGAACACGUCGAUGCUAAGGAAAGGUGCCACCUGUAUUGCGAAUCAAAGGAAACGGGAGAUGUGGUGUAUAUGAAAAGGAUGGUACACGAUGGGACCCGCUGCUCCUACAAAGACGCUUACAGCAUCUGCGUGCGGGGAGACUGCUUGAAAGUUGGGUGCGACAGGGUCAUAGGUUCCACGAAACAGGAAGAUAAGUGUGGUGUUUGUGGAGGAGAUAAUUCCCACUGCAAAGUGGUGAAAGGAACAUUUUCAAGGGUACCAAAGAAACAAGGGCACAUUAAGAUGUUUGAAAUUCCUGUUGGUGCGAGACACUUACUUAUACAGGAAACAGAGGCCACCAGUCAUAAUCUUGCAAUUAAAAAUCGUGAAACGGGGAAAUUCAUUCUAAGCGAAGACAACUAUGUGCCUGACUCUAAAGUAUUUAUUGACAUGGGUGUGGAGUGGGAAUAUCGGAACGAUGAUGAUAGAGAAACUGUGCAGACCAUGGGGCCGCUGCGUAAUGGAAUAGUUAUUCUGGUGAUUCCUCACGGUGGUGCCAAGAUAUCUUUGACUUACAAGUACAUGAUCCAUGAAGAUUCCUUGAAUGUAGAUAACAAUAAUGUUUUGGAAGAGGACUCGGUGUCAUAUGAAUGGGCUUUGAAGAAAUGGUCCCAAUGUUCAAAACCUUGUGGAGGAGGCUACCAGUUCACAAAAUACGGCUGCCGGAGGAAGACAGACCACAAGAUGGUUCAUCGGAGUUACUGCGAGCUGAUCCAAAAGCCCAAGCCCAUUCGCAGGGUGUGCAAUCUCCAGGAGUGCUCCCAGCCCAUGUAA